AUGGACCCGAGCCAUCCAUCAUCCACCGGGCCCGAUGCCCCAGACAAGGACGACAUGGAGCGGAUUAGAUCACGCCGUCUUGCCAUGCUUGGGUCGUUUGCUCGUAGGCCUGGCGAGCCUGGCUCCGAUAAAUCACCACAUCGGCCAUCAGCUUCCUCGUCAUCACAAUCACCGAAACCACAAGCAGCCGAAACCGGGAAAUCCGGGGAAGCCGCCGCUGCCAACCACCCCCAAACGCAGAUCAACAUCACGCCGGGUUCGAACCCUUUCAACCAACUUGGUGUGCAAAAUUGUCCAGCCCGAGGAAACCAACCAGCUUCCACGGGGGGCACACCCUAUACUCCCCGCAAGAGAUCUGCCAAAGACGUUGACGAUGGCGACUCAGCGUCCUCGUCCCGACCAGCCGCCCCCCAGCCGGUCCAGAAGCAGCAGCAGCAGCAGCAGCACCAACGACAACAACAACAACAACAACAACAACAACAACAACAACAGGUGGAGUCAGACCAAGACUAUGCCCACCGGAUGCUUUCGCGCAUCUUCCGCGUUUCUGUCGACCCUCACGAAAUGACCGACGCCCAAGGGCAGCGGCUGGUUUUCCUGCCGAAUCUGAAUCAGGAACUCAACGAUGCGGGUGAACCCCUGAAGCUAUCCGUCGGUUUGCUGGAUCAGGCUAUAAUAGAAGCAUGCAGCAACUGGGCAUCCGACCAACCGUUGCUUGAUUACCUUCUACCCUGUUGGAAACGAGCUGUCAAGGCUUCCAACACGGCCAGGACCGCUUCGGCCCAGAGGCAGGAGAUGCUCGUCGAGGCCAAGAGGUUGUGCAUGAGCAACUGUUUGUUUGCCUUGACCAUGCCUGCACUUUACGGUCGGGAGCCAAAUCCUCAGCAUGACACGCUGGCACCAUAUCUGCUCAAGGGUGUUCAAGAAGACAACGGCCUCUGUUUUGACUUUAUCAGGGAAGCCAUCAAGCGAUUUGACGACGACGAAGCCUUCCCCGCCCUGUUCAACGAUGCAAUGGUAAAGCUGAGUAGUCAGCUGGCCAACCUGUCACUGGGGGACGAUUAUAAGCCACAUGUACAGGCGCUUCUCACCUACACGCAUUUCCCUGUUCUCGUCGCAAACCUUGCCGCGCAUCCAUGUUUCAACAUGCCGCAGUCCGCUCCUGGCAUCGAGAAACAUACGAUUCUUGGCCCCUUUUUCCGCAUCUCCCCUCUCCAGCCCGAAGCCAUAAAGAGCUAUUUUGCAGGAGCCCGGUCCCUGGACAAGGUUCGAAUCGCCAACGCGCAGGAGUCGCUGCGCAUUGUCUUGAGAGCCCACCAGGACGAUCUCUUCUCCAUCGCCAACGCCUUUAUACGGGCCGGUCCCGACACGAGGAGCCGAACGCUGAACUGGUUUGCCUACAUUAUGAACACCAACCACAAGCGGCGAGCCAUGCAGGUGGAUCCACGAGAGGUGGCCUCUGACGGAUUCAUGCUGAAUGUGACGUCAGUCAUGGAUCGGUUUUGCGAACCCUUUAUGGACAAUGACUUUAGCAAGGUGGACAAGAUUGACGUCCGGUACCUGCGGAGACACCCCAGAAUCGACAUCAGCGACGAGACAAAGCUGAAUGCCGAUCAGGCAGCAGCCGACAAGUUUUACGCGAAAAAGGAAGAGGGAGAGUCAAACUUUAUAUCGGAAGCCUUUUUCAUCACCCUUGCUGCGCAUCACUACGGCAGCGAGGCCCUGAACACGCAACUGAAGAAUCUCGACAGGGAAAUCAAGUAUCUGGAGAAGCACAUCAAAGCCAUGGAGGCGGAGCGGCAGAAGCUGUUGAACUCGACCGCACAGCUGCGUCUCUUUGAAGAGACCCUGAAACGGCACACCAACGUGCUGGAGAAGACGAUUGCGCUCAAAUACGCCAUAGAGGGGGCAUUGCUGGACGAGAGGAUGCAGAGCACGUCGUUGCGGUUCAUGCGUUAUGUGGCGGUUUGGCUGCUACGGCUUGUCACGGGGUCCAGUUACAAACCGGGGUUGGAAAGCGAGAAUAUCAAAUUACCACUGUCGACUGACAAUGCGGAAGCGUUUGCCUGCCUCCCCGAGUAUACUUUGCAAAACAUCGUGGACAAUUUCAAAUUCGUGUUUAGAUGGCUGCCGAAAAUCCUCCCCAGCGCCGUGGGGGAGGAAAUGAUUGCGCUGUGCAUCACUUUCUUGCGAUCGUCGGAUUUCGUCAAGAACCCCUAUCUGAAGUCGUCGUUGGUGUCGCUGCUGUUUUCUGGGACAUGGCCGUUGAUGCACCUUAAGAAGGGAGUCCUGGGCGACCAGCUGAUAGCCUUGCCUUUUGCCAACGACUAUCUUUUGCAUGCCCUGAUCAAGUUUUACAUUGAGUGCGAGUCAACGGGUGCGAACACGGCCUUUUACGACAAGUUCAACAUUCGAUAUGAGAUUUUCCAGGUCAUCAAGUGCGUUUGGAGCAACGACGUGUACAAGCGGCAGUUGGCAAGAGAAAGCAAAACGAACCGCGACUUCUUUGUGCAGUUUGUAAACAUGCUGCUCAACGACGCGACGUACGUCUUGUUCGAAGCCUUUUCGAAAUUCCCAAAGAUUAGGUCCCUGGAGCUGGAGCUGCAGGAGCCGUCGUCGCUCUCUGCCGAGGACCGGCAGAACAAGGAGGAAGAGCUGCAAACGCUGGGCGGCCAAGCCACGUCGUACAUGCAGCUGGCCAACGAGACGCUGGAGAUGAUGAAGCUGUUUACCAAGGCCCUGAGCGAGUCCUUCAUCAUGCCGGAAAUCGUGUCGCGCCUGGCGAGCAUGCUGAACUUUAACCUCGAGGCGUUGGCGGGCAAGCGGGCUGCGGCGGAGCUGAGCGUGUCCAACAAGGAAAAGUACCACUUCCGCCCGAUCCAGCUGAUCUCCGACUUUGUCGACAUUUACCUGCAUCUGGGCCACUCGCCAGUGUUUGUGGACGCCGUGGCUGCCGAUGGCCGGUCCUACAAGCCCGAGGUGUUUGACCGCGUCUCGCGGAUCCUGACGAGCAGGAACCAGAAAGACGCAGCCGACAUGGCCAGGUGGGAGGCGGUCAAGGGCAAGUUUGCCGAGGCCAAGCACCAGCUCGACCAGGCCGAGCUGGACCUGGGCGACAUCCCGGCCGAGUUUGAGGACCCCAUCAUGGGAGAGCUGAUGAAGGACCCGGUGCUGCUGCCGAGCCGUCACAUUGUGGACCGAUCCACCAUUGUGCAACACUUGCUGAGCGACGCCAAGGAUCCGUACACCAGACAGCCGAUGACGAUUGACGACGCCGUCCCCGUGGCCGAUUUGAAGGCGAGGAUCGAAGAGUGGAGGGAACAGAGGAUCCAGAUUGCGAGGAGCCGGAUGGCUGCGGAUGCCGCAUCCUCUGGUGCUGACGACGGGGCGCGGAUGGACACGACGGAUGGAUGA